UUGGCAGGAAGAAAACUCGCUGUGAUUCGUUUUCAGUCAUUUUAAAUUGUGCGUUCAUGUCGUUUAAAUCAGUACGAACUUGACCGAUAAAAUCUUGCCAGACGUUCGAGUAAUGUACAGUAAUCCAGAAUGCCUCGCUCAGACUGCUUUUACAGCUGAUAAGCUCCCCCGUUAGCGGCCUAUCUUGGCGUGCAGACGGAAAUUCCUUCGCUAAAAAUUGCGUGUGUUGUUGUUUGAUAUUGGAAGUGAUCGCAUAUUUUGGAAUUCUGAUUUGAUCCAGGCCAUCGGGGAAUUUUUAUUAUCCACACUGACCAUACAUCAAAUGGCGUCGGCUCCCAGUGUCUCCUCCGAGUCCGACGACCCAGUCGCAGAGCUCAAAGAGUCCAUGAAGCGCGCUGAUCUUAUUCCCGGAACGCGGGAAUACCAUGAGAACUUCCACGGAGAUGGAGCGUUUCGCCCCACAAACUGCCUUGUGCAGCCAUUAUUAACAGAUCUGUACCAAAUCACCAUGACGUAUGCUUAUUGGAAAUCAGGGAAGAAGGACUGCUACGCCGUUUUUGAUUUAUUCUUCCGCAAAAACCCAUUCGAUGGAGAAUUUACAAUUUUUUGUGGUUUGGAAGAAUGUCUGCGAUAUAUAUCCAGUUUCCACUUUUCCGUUGAAGAUAUUGAGUACAUAAAGUCUAUCAUGCCGGCCACAAUCGAACCGGAAUUCUUCCACUACCUGUCUGAGAUCACAACCAAAGAUAUAAAGAUUUAUGCUGUUCCCGAAGGAAGUGUGGUGUUUCCAAGAGAGCCCUUAAUUCGCGUGGAGGGGCCACUUCCGGUUGCGCAGCUUCUGGAAACCACCUUGCUCACGCUGGUCAAUUAUCCAAGUUUGGUGGCAACUUGUGCCGCGAGAAUCCGCUUGGCCGCCGGUCCGAAAAAGGAGCUUUUGGAAUUUGGACUGCGGCGUGCUCAGGGCCCGGAUGGUGGAAUUUCGGCGACAAAAUACGUUUAUAUGGGAGGUUUUGACGGCACGAGUAAUGCGCUAGCAGGAAAGCUUUUCAACAUUCCGGUUCGCGGCACGCAUGCUCAUUCGUUCGUGGCGGCCUUCCAAAGCAUGAGCGAAGUCAAGAAUCGAAUGCUAAAACACAAGAAGACUGGGGCGGAAGUGGAUUUCAUCACGCUAUGCCAGAAUUAUCGCGCUGAAAUGGCGCAUUUAUUUCACGUGAUCGAUAACGAGGAAGGCAGUACGGCCAAUAAUGGGGAACUGGCGGCAUUUGCUCAAUACGCCAUUGCUUUUCCUGACAGAUUCUUAGCUCUUGUGGAUACCUACGAUACACUGAGAAGCGGAGUUCUGAACUUCUGUGCCGUUGCUAAAGCUUUAUGGGAUUUGGAAUACAAGGCUGUUGGAAUACGACUUGACUCCGGUGAUUUGGCCUAUCUUUCUCGUGAAGCACGGAAGCACUUUCGCCAGAUUGCUUCGCGAUACGAAAUGCCUUGGUUCGCCAGUGUUACAAUUGUGGCCAGCAAUGAUCUGAACGAGGAAACGAUUUACUCACUAAAUGAACAACAACAUCAGAUUGAUUGUUUUGGAGUGGGCACUCAUCUUGUAACCUGUCGCAAACAACCAGCACUGGGUUGUGUCUUUAAGUUGGUCGAGCUGGAUAACGAACCGCGAAUCAAGCUGAGUCAGGAUGUCGGUAAGGUGACCAUUCCGGGACGGAAGACUUUCUAUCGCUUGGUGGGCGGCAGCGGCAAUGAAGCUUUGGUGGAUAUUGUUCAAGGCGUAGACGAAGCCCCACCAGAACCGGGUAAAAGAAUUUUGUGUCGCCAUCCUUUUGAGGAAUCUAAACGGGCCAAUGUGUUGCCGGUGAGCGUGGAGUGUAUGCACGAACUGUAUUUUGAUAAUGGACAAGUACUGCGUGAAAAAUUACCCACGAUGCAACAGAUUCGGGAGAACGUAAAGCGUCACUUGGAACUGCUGAGAGAUGACCAUAAGCGUCGACUUAAUCCAACCCCGUUUAAGGUAUCUGUAUCUCCGGAGCUUUACACAUACCUCCAUGAUUUGUGGAUGGCAAAUGCGCCAAUCGGGGAGUUGUAUUAAUUAUUUUAGUUUGAAUCAGUGAUGGUUUUUUGUGGCGAUUGGGGAUUUUAUUUGGUUUUAAAAUGUUCUGUGGUGGUGGUUUCCUAUGAAGCACAAUUUGGUGAUAACUGGUGAAGAGGCGGUUUAGCGUUGUGAAUGUACUGUAUUGUAUUGUGGUACGUUUUGUCGUUUCUUUUUAAUUGCCGCUUUUUUGGUUUGAAUUGUUAUUAUUAUAAUAAUGCUUUAAUAUCCAGGUUGCUGAUGGAAGUAUUUAAAUUGCGGUAGUGCUG